AGUGGGCAAACGAAGUGUUUCGAGAGUGAAAGUGGAGCCAGCAGAUCGAUAAGCGAUUGCCAAGAGGCAAGAUGAUAAUCAGUCUUGGUAUAAAUUUGUGGCAUAACCAUUUAUGGAAAUACAUUCAUUUAGUGCAACAAACUUCUUUAGAAUUGAACUUUAUGAACCUCCACCUGUUCUACUGCCAUGCUCGGUUUGCUCAAGAACUUUUAAGCCUGAAUCAUUACAAAAGCAUCUUAAAGUAUGUGAAAAGCAAGCAUCCAAAAAAAGAAAAGUGUUUGAUUCAUCAAAACAACGGAUUCAGGGCACUGAAUUGGCAGAAUUUCUUCCCAAAAUAUUACCAUCUUGAAUUUGUUGCUGCAAUUCGUGCUGCUCGGGGUGUUGAACCUGUAUCAACAAAAAGCUCUUCAGCUGUGUCAAAGUCAUCUAAUGAAAAAUGCCCACAUUGUGAUAGAAAUUUUGGACCAAAGGCAUUUGACAGACAUAUUGAAUGGUGCAAAGAGCAAAAAGCUCGAAUUCCUAAGUCACCAGCAAGUCUUAUACAAGCCAAAGAAAGGCUUGAAGCCAGAACCAAGUAUCGUGCUCCCCCUCUUGCCAAAUCUAAAAGAACGUUGACAAGAGAAAAAUAUGCCAGAGUGUCACAACACUCUAGCAAAGAUUCAUCCCCACUGGGAAGUCGGAGUGCUGUAGCAUUCUCCAAACCCCAACCUCAGGAAGUUAAAGUGCCAGAAACAACUUCAAGGAUUCCAGGGAUUAGAAACAAACCAAAACUGAGUUCAAGUUCACCGUCUUGCACUUUACCUAGUGGAAACACACAAGUAAAGAGAAGAGAACCUUCUCCUUCACCUUCAAAGAGACCAUUUAGAAGUGGUAGUAAGACUGUAAGAAAAGGUCCAAUGAAAGCUAAGAAUGAUGAUACAAAUACCCAUGCAAGUUUGUUUACAUCAUCAUGCAAUAUUACCAAAAUACAACCAACAGAAGAAAGACAUAAAGCAAGAGAAGUGAAACCAAAUCCCGUUGAAAGCAGCAGCAGCUCUGAGGAAGUUUAUGACCCAUACGUGUCUGCAGAAAGGCAAAUGAUGGAACUACUCUCUCAGGGUGACUUUACUCAACUUUCACCUCGGCAUAAUAAGAGCAUUCCCUCUUCUCACACAGAAUCAACAACUGUUUUUCCAUCCUUUGAAUCCUCACAUCGAUCUGCUUUUGUUAGGUAUAGUCCUCCUGACCUUUCUCAUCUUUCUAAUGAGACUGUGAUUCCUCCAUCUUUAAUUGCUGAAUUUGAGGACCUUUUUAUGGGAAGCCAAAAAUCAAAUUAUAUCAAUGAUUUUUCUGAUGUUACCGAUCAGCAGAAUCAAAACGUUCAUAUCAGUCUCUCAGAUAUUGGACAAAACCUGUCCAACAACAAUCUUGAUACUGUACAGCCUGUUAGAAAACCAUCAAAAAUUCGUGCCAAAAUGGAAAAUGCAGCAUUGUCAUUGCAGCGUUCAGUUUCACUAAUGAAUUAUGAAAAUGAUAUGAAAGUUGGAACUGAAGCCAGUAGUUUAAUUCCUUCAGAUGGAGAUAAUAAUCCUUUGCCUACUCUUACAGAAAUUUCAUCAUUUCCCUUUUCUAGUCCUGAACCUCCUCGUGUUUUCUCAUCCUCAAAAUCCCAUCUUGAAAAAGGUGAUGCUGAUAAAAGGAUAAAUGAAGAAGCAUUCAUGCUAAAGUCAGAGUCUUCUAUCAGUAAUGAGCUCUUCACUCAACUAAAGAGCCAUUCCGCUGGUGGAAAAUUCAGUGCUGAUUCAGCAUAUGGAAGUUUGAAUCGUCGUUCUCCAACCCAUUCUACUGGCAUGCAGAUGCCUGGUAAACAUGAAGAGAUGGAAGGAGACCGUAUGUGUUUCAUGAGUUCCAGCAGUUCUGAAUCAUCCCUGCCACCACUUUGCUCUGUUCAGGUUGUUAAACGUGAAGCUAGUAAUCCUUCACUAAGUCCUUCCCCACCACAUGCAGUAGAUGCUAGUCCAGUAUUGCAGUCUGCACCAAGAAUGUCAAAAUUUUGCCAUGAAUGUGGCUCUAAAUAUCCAGUAUCUUUAGCGAAGUUUUGUUGUGAAUGUGGUGUCCGAAGACUUGCUAUGUAACUUAUCUCAUGUAAAUUAAAAGUAUUAAUUCUGUGUUUUAGUGUGUUAAAUGUUAUAUUUUAAAAAGCUGGACAGUUUUGUUUAUACAUUGUUUUUCAUUGUUUUACUUUAUUUUAUAUCAUAGCAAAUUAAAUAACUAAAUUUGCUGUAAGUUUUUAAACGUUUUUAGUUUGAAAACAAAAAAAAAAACAUUUUGUUAAAAAUUGUAUUGCUUGUUAUUGUGUUAUAAACAAGCUCUUCUUUAUGUGUGAAGUUAGCAAAACUAUUGUUGGUAAUGACAAUAAUUGAUUAAGUUACCAUUGUUACUAAAAUGUCUCAAAUGAGAAAUAACUUGAGAGCUUACAAAAAUUGUGUCAUAUUUAUUUAAUAUCAUGUUUCCACUGUAAAACUCUUCAAAAGCAAAAUGAUAUAAUAGAUGAAGGUGGCAGCAGUAAUUAAUUAGUAACAUGUCUGUUUUGUAUAAUUUUUGUUGUA